GCAUCCUGGAAAUCGAUAGAGAAAUUCCCUUGCAGACCAUAGCGACAAGUAGUUCGACUCACGUUGAAGCCCGUCAAAGCAGACCAUCGAUCCUACUCUCCCAAUUUACCCCCGGUGCCACAGCCCAUAUCGAAAGUUGCCCUCGCAUGCGACAUCGUCACUAAAGUCCAGCAACCAUGCCUUUCGGAGUCAACCCUUUCCGGAAAAAUGACCACGACUUCCCUGGGGUCGUGGUCCCCCUGUCCGAAGCCCCUCCGCAUCACAAGCCGAACCCUGAACUAGAAAAAACCGACCGCCCUGAUGAGAAGACUGACAAUAGGAGCUUGGAUAGGGCUCCCUCCUCGGAAGCCGGCGUAGGGUCUGUCCACAAUUACAACACCCUAACCAUUGAGGCCCUUCGCGCUGAAGUUGAGGCGGAUGUUGCGACAUCAGGCAAAGACACUGCGUAUGACCGCAAGGCAAAACUCAUCAAUAGAGCCAUCCAGGAUAUUGGCAUGGGCCGUUACCAGUGGCAACUUUUUGCGCUCUGUGGUUUUGGUUGGCUAGCAGACAAUCUCUGGUUGCAGGUGAGAUAGAUAACUUGAUUUUGGCAAAGAUGUCGUCUUUUAUGGCUGAUUUACUAACCGCUAAAAGGGUGUUGCAUUGACACUAACCCCGAUUGCCUCGGAGUUCGGGGUUUCUA